AUGCGAGACAUUUUCGAAGCAACAUACAACAUUACUCAACUUGACGCCAUCAACGCCUUUGUCGACACGUGUAAUGAUGCUUCCGACAACAUCCAGCGCAAUCCUAAGUACCUUGCACCUCUUCAGGUUUUGCCGAACAGCGAGUUGAGUUCCUCUGCCACCGGAUCGAUUCGCGUCAGCAGCUGUGCGGCUGCGAAGAAGGUUCGAAUUUUCCAGAAAGACGGCAGCAACUGGAAGUAUAUCGGUGCAAACCACACCUUUACAGCGGACGAGCUCAAAGUUGGCCUGGAUCUUGGCAUCGACUCUCGUGAUGUCCGCAGACCAGAUGCGUGGGACGGCAAUGUCGUUGUUCAUCUUACCGUAUCAGAUGGGGCUGAUGCUGCGACUGAUUCAGUAGCACUCCGCGUGGCUCCAGUCCUGACACACCACCACGCCCAGCCAGUAUCAAAGGCUUUCACAGUGGCUGUGAAUUAUGACAUUUCUCAAGUUCAAUUUGUUGCGGACUUUAAAAACAAUGUUGCGGAUGCGGGCAUUGAUGAGCCUGUCUUCGUAUUCAGCGGGUUUGACAGGUGGGCACAGGAUUUCUUUGAACCAGGUUAUGCAAGCAUACCAGGGCCUGAUGGUCCUGUGGUCAUUCGUGUCAUGAUAAGGUCAGCUCAAAAAUACCGCGACUCAGGUUUGAACGUUUUUGAGCACCUCCGAUCGGACACCGUUGGAGCUAUCCAACAGAUGUCCCAAGGGGGUACCAUCGAUUCCCUUGGUAACCUGGAAACAAUCCCUCCAUACACUCAUAAUGGAAACGCAUAUCCCGCAGGUCGAAUCAUCAUGGGACAGUGGGAUGGAGUUCACCCCUUCAUGUUCGACCUUUUGGAGGCUCAAGAGGUUCAGGCACCAAUAGCGCUCGAUACUUCUUGGCUAGCUGUCGGACAUGUGGAUGAGUUCGUCCAAUUUCUUCCUGCGCACAACCAGCGUGGAUGGGUUAUGAUGGUCGACGACCCCCUUGCAGGGCUUGAGAUCCUCCAGAAGGCGGCUCGUAAUGGACACGGUGGUGAACGAGCUGUUUCGCGCCCCAAAAUGGCAACGGAUGCCGCAGGGUCUUGUCUUCCCGAGCACACCGUCGAUGAAGUUUUGAAUCUCAGCGACUUCGCAGCCAUCAAUCGGAGGGCCGCCGAGCGUAUCGAACACAACAUUGAAAUCCUCAAGAACGAGACUGGCAUCACUGAUGACGAGAUAUUCCGUGUCCCGUCCCUCUUCUACUACGAAGAUCAACCCGUAUUCGCAUGUACCGAUGGCGCCUUGAAGCUAAACGGAGGACCCUCUGUGAAAGCCCUGUCGAUACUGGAGGCUGCACAACCGUUAUCAAAACAAGGGAUCAGACGCCGCCAGACAUCAUUUGGAACUCAAGUCGUGGCGUUUUAUCCAGGUACCAUCAACAGUGUCGUUUUGACCGACUCUUUGAUUCUCGCCCCUAAUCCCUGGGGCCCCAUAGUAGACGGUGUCGACAUCCUUGCUGAGGCGGUCUCUUCGGUGUAUGCCAAAGCUCAGUUCAACGUGACAUACCAGGAUGACUGGUUUUCUUAUCACUUGUUGAUGGGCGAGAUUCACUGCGGCUCCAAUACAUGGCGGGACACUAGCGCAACUUGGUGGUGA